CGAAUUCACCAACCCAGCAGUCAGUUUGGAUUUAUCCAUCUCGAAAUUCGGUAGUGUUUGAGCUUCGCGACGCGACGCGUUCCCUGUUCUUUUUUUUUGUAAGGAUUUCUAUUCGGAGGAUCCGGACCCCCGCAGGAUCUAAUAUCGCAUCCACUACGGAGUAACCCCGUCCCAUCUAUUCACAAACACACACCGAACUGCUUAGUAAGCUGGAAGGAUUCACAGAUUAGAAUGGCAGCCGCUCUGAACAUGUGCAAAGCACCGGACUCGUACGACACCUACACGUUUAGUCUUCCGGACAAAUACAAGCUGGUAGCACAAGACGAGCUACGCGAAGAGGAUGACAUCCGGGAGAAUGCUUUGAAACAGUUCCGCGAGUGGAUCGCCAAACAUCCGCUGAUCAAAAAAUGUCGCACCGACGCUCCGUUCCUGCUACGGUUCCUCCGAACAAAGAAAUUUUCCAUCCCGGCUGCCACCGAAAUGUUAGAAAAGUAUCUCUCCAUCCGUCAAAUUUAUCCCAACUGGUUCCAUAACCUGGAUAUCAACGAUGCGGAACUGGAAGCGAUCAUAGACACCGGUUAUCUGUUCGCUCUACCGGAGCGCGAUGAGCUAGGUCGCAAGAUUGUAUUCUCGAGUGCGGGUAAAUUCGACACGAAUCGUUUCACCGCUGCUCAACUGAUCCGUAUCCAUUCACUCGUGGUUGAAUCACUGCUCGACGAAGAAGAAUCCCAAAUUGCGGGCUAUGUCCACGUUAUCGAUGAUUCAGACCUUUCGAUGGGAUUCCUCGGAAUUUGGUCCUUCGCCGAUAUUAAAAAUUUGGCCCAUUGCGUUCAAAAUUCACUGCCGAUGCGUCAAAAGGAGAACCACUUCGUUAACCUGCCAUCGUUCGCCAACAAACUUUCUGAAUUUAUCCUCUCGGUGCUGAGCGAUAAGCUAAAAAAUCGUGUAUUUGUACACAAAAGUAUGGAGGAGCUGAAAACAAAAGUCAAUCCGAAGCUACUACCCAAAGAGUAUGGCGGCACCACCCCCAUGGCUGACUGUAUCGCCCAAUUCAAGACCUUUCUCAAGUCCAAGCGUGAGCAGCUGGUCGCCCUCGAUGAAAUGCAGAUAGAAAUCAAUAAGAACUCUCCGUAUUGGGCUGAUAGUACCGAUGCGGACAUUGCUGCCGGGGUGAUCGGUAGCUUCCGAAAGUUGGAAGUUGAUUAGGUCUAAGUUGACUUCAGAGAGCUGUAAAGUUCAACAUCCGAUCCCAUUCUCCUAAUCCUAUUUUUUUUAAUAUAACGUAAUUUAUCGAGUUAACUGGAAGUAUAUCGGUAACUUUAACUUUUUAUUCUAGUAGAACAAUGUUAAAUGCGAAAGAAAAGGAUGAUUUCAUCUAUAGGCACUUCUCUUU